CUGCUGCCGAGCUCUCCAUUUCUCAGUUGCCUCAGUUUCCCUGGGAAUGAGACAGGUCAGCCUGGUUGGCUGCCUGGCGGAGGAGGUGCCGAGUCCGAGGGCGGGGCUUCUCAGCCCCGCCCCUGGGCCAGUUCCCACCCCGCCUCCGAUCGCUCAACCCCAGCGCUCUACCCGGUGAGCGGCUGGCUGCCAGUGCUGCCGGCGAGUGGCUAUGGACGCUGCUGGGGCCCCGGCCCCGGCCCCGGCCCCGACCGCCGCCCCGGGCUCAGGCCGGAAGGAGCUGAAGAUUGUGAUCGUGGGCGACGGCGGCUGCGGCAAGACUUCCCUGCUCAUGGUGUAUAGCCAGGGCUCUUUCCCCGAGCACUACGCCCCAUCCGUGUUCGAGAAGUACACAGCCAGCGUGACCGUGGGCAGCAAGGAGGUGACCCUGAACCUCUAUGACACCGCCGGGCAGGAAGAUUACGACCGGCUGCGGCCCCUGUCUUACCAGAACACCCACCUCGUGCUCAUCUGCUAUGAUGUCAUGAACCCCACUAGCUACGACAAUGUUCUCAUCAAGUGGUUCCCCGAGGUCACACAUUUCUGUCGUGGGACCCCCAUGGUGCUCAUCGGCUGCAAGACAGACCUGAGGAAGGACAAGGAGCAGCUGCGCAAGCUCCGGGCAGCCCAGCUGGAGCCCAUCACCUACACACAGGGCCAGAGCGCCUGCGAGCAGAUCCAAGCCGCCCUCUACCUGGAAUGUUCUGCCAAAUUUCGGGAGAAUGUGGAAGACGUCUUCCGGGAGGCCGCUAAGGUUGCCCUCAGUGCUCUGAAGAAAGCACAGCGGCAGAAACAACACCGGCUCUGCCUACUGCUCUGACAGCUCCCGGCAGGGCAUCCCCUCACGACAGAACUGACAGGCCCCAGGCCCCCAGGCCCACGCUGCUGCCCGGACCCUGCCCCUGCCCCAGCUCUCGAAGGGCACUUGGCGUCGGGCGCCUCCAGGACCUAGUGUCUGGAGCCUGUGGCCAGGCUCUUGGAACAUUCUGGAACUCUCCUUUCCCAGCUGGAGCUCUGACCACAAGCUCCCCUCCAGCUUGUGUGGUCACAGUGGUGGUGAGGGUGGGGGUUGCUGGACUCGGUCCCUCUGUACCCUGGAACCAGCACUUGUCCCCAGCACUCAGGAGUGCCCUCGUCACAACCAGCCCCCAGCUGUGUGUCCCCCCUCUGCACACCCAACAGGUCCUCCAAGCCCAUGCCUGAAACGAGAAACAACGUCUGGUACGUGGAUAAAUGUGGACUUGGCAGCCUUCCACAGGGCUCCCAAGCCUGUUCUCCCAAGUCACCCGCCUCCCUGGGCCCCCAAGAUAGGCAUGGUCGCAUCCUCCAGCUUCUCACUUCCUCCGCCCAGCAACUCGGGCACCACGGUGGGCCUGGGGCCUAUCAGAAGAACACAGGCCUCAGCCCUGGACAUGGGGGCCCUUCCUCCUCCACUUCAUACAGAGGACUUCAGUCUUAGCCUUCAGCUUGGCCACCAUCUUUCCAGAGCUGGAUGCACAGGGGGGCAAAGAACCUCUCUCUAAAUACAAGAAGUAUUCCCUAGACCCUCUACUUGAUCCCUGCUCAGCGUCUGUGACCCUACCCCGGCCACGACUUGCCAGAAACCCGAGAUGAAAAGUAACAAUGGCUCUUGAGUGAUCUUGGGCAAGUCAGGUCUCUCUACAGAUUUCUUUACCUGCAGAAGGAUGGCAGUGGCUUGUCACAAGGCUGCCCUCUGUCCCAAACAGCCCCCGCUGCUGCUGAGGUGUGGAGACCACACACCAAGGCCAUCCUGGCCUCCUGGGAGAUUAACCCCCAGCACACCUUCACUGAACCUCCUGAAAGGUCUGGGGUCCCAGGUGAUUCUGAUGCCCCAGAGAUUGUGAGCUGGUGGUUCCUGAAUAAGCCGGGGAAUCAGCUUUACCUACUAUGAGAUCAUGGCGUCAGGUGGUUCCUGCCCUCCUUGGUAUCUUCUGCCUCGGCCCCCUCCCUUGCCUAGUGCUCUGGCCUCCACUGGGCCUGAGAAAGAGACAUAAAACUUACCCUACCCCACCUAGGUUUCCCAAGGCCCUGCCAUGCCUAGGGGGAUUCAACAGAGCAUUCAGUCCAGAGCUUCGUGGACAAAAAAAGAAUGGUUUAGGAUAGAGGAGGUCCACAAACUAGUCUAUGGACCAAAUCUGGCCACUGCCUAUUUUUGUAAAUAAACUUUUAUUGAAACACA